AUGCGCGAGUUCCUUAGCUACGUCCUCGAGUCGUUCCGGGACGCCACCGGCUGGAGCCGCGACAAUGGCUACUCGGACCUCAACAUCGCCGCCAACGAGCUGCUCAACUUCCCCACACCGCGCGGCCUGCGCCUGAGUCUGUCGUCGCUGGCCACGCCGCACUUUGCCACGGGCUACACGCUGGGGUCCGUCGGCGUCGUGGACGGUGCUAUUUCCUACCUGUACUCGUCUGUGCCUCUGGGGAACGUCGUCGCCCAGUCCAGCCGGGUGCCUCUGCCCACACUACUCCGGUCGUACCGCCAGCGGCCGCGGCCCAGCGGACUGCCGCCUGUUCUGGAUGCCGCGUUUGUCACGCCGCCCCGGGAGCGGGUGACCUUGGAGGGUCUUUUUCCAUUUUUGGUGAUGCCCGUCCAUACACACGUUCCGGCGACGACGACCGCAUCGACAUCGACAACGACAAUCACAGCCACGACAGAUUCUACGAGCACAACAACAACGACAGCAACACCAUUGCGGGCGUCCCCGCCCGCCGCGACGGUCCUCGCCUCCACCCUCGUCGUUCCCGUCGCCGACCAGCUCGCCGCGGCUGUCCAUGAAGCCCGCGCCCUCGUCGACAAGCCCGCCCUCCUCUACGGCCGCCUCUACCUCCCGCGCUCCAUGCUCGAGGCCUACAUGGUCAAGCGCCUCGCGCCGUCUGUGCAGCUCCAGCUGCGCGCCGUCAGCGACGCCAAGCUGCCCAACGGCGGCACCGUGCUGGGCGUCAUGCAGCUCGACCGCGGGCGGUACGGCCUGGAGGGACUGGUGUCGUCGGAUGGCGGACUUCUGGGCGUACGCGGGCUCUACAAUUUUGGCCACGGCGGCAAGCAGCAGCAGGACGCGGCCAAGUCUCUUGCCGGUGGUGGCGGCGGCGGCGGCGACGUCGACGACCGGCUGAACGGCCGGUUCAGCGCCGGUGGCGAGAUUUACUACGGCACGCUGAACAAGUCGGGCGGCGUGUCGUUGGGGGCCCGGUUUGAGACGGCGGCGACGGCAGGGGUCCUCGAAAAGAAUGAAAGGUACGAAAAGAACGAAAAGAACGAAAAGAACGAAAAGAACGAAAAGAACGACAAAAACGGGGUGAGCGGGGUGGCCGGCACCCCCCUGACGGCGACCCUCACCAUCAACCCCCUCAUGGGCAACCUAUCGGCCGCGUACGCCGUCGUGGCGCGCGAGGACUGCUCGCUGGCGACGCGCUUCGACUUCAACGUCUACAGCUACGAGAGCGAGUGGUCCGUGGGCAUGGAGCUCUGGAGCACGCGGCGGCUGGCCGGGCUGGUGGCUGUCGACGACGCGGAGGCGACGGUGGCCGCGGCGGCGGCGACACCGCCAUCGCCUCCCACCGCAAGGAGGACGUCCACGUUUGGCAUCCCGGAGCGGAGCUUCCAGGCCAAGAUGGAGUGGCGGUUGGAUGACACGGUCUUGUCGACACCGGCAGUAUCGCUGCCCUCCUUAGAAGCACCACCGGAAGUAUCACCACCACCACCACCACCACCACCACGGUCCUCCGAAGAAAAAUACCAGGGCGUGCUCAAGGCGCGCCUCAACCAGAACCUCCAGAUCGGCCUGCUGUGGGAGGGCCGCAUCCAAUCGCUGCUGUUUAGUCUCGGGUCGGCCAUCGACCUGCACCGCCUGGACCAGCCGUUCCGCACACUGGGUCUCGAGAUUCAGUUUUCGUCGUGA